CAUAAAUGUGUUAUUUGCUUUAGACAAACCAAAAUAUGACAAUUAUUUACAAUUUUUUUUUAAAUUUUAUCAGAAAAUAAUAGAUCCAAUUAAAAGCUGUAUUUACCAAAGAAAUGAUCAAUAUACAAUACUAAAAGCUCAAUACACAGCCUCGCGAGCGUGUCCACGUAAUACCAAAAAAAUAGCCAAUGAGAUUAAAUUAUUCAGCCAUGUAAUCAGAAUUAUUUGGGCUCUGAAUUAUUUUGUCACAUAAUAUUUGCAACGGCCAAUAAUCCAUUGAGGCCCAGUAUCAAACCCUAGAUCAAUACACGGAUCCCUCUUACUUUUCGUCUUCCUUCUUCCUCUAGAUUUUCAUCCAUUGAACGACGUUUUGUCUCUCCAUCUCCACUGCAACCAAUCUGUAGAGUAAUCAAUUGUCCGUUUUGGUUUGAUUGAAGGUUUCCUCUCCAUUUAUUUAUAAAUCUCUUCUUUCAUGUUUUUUUUCAAUCAAAACUUUCUCAAUUUGUUCUCGCGAUGAAGUCGAACGGGAAAGCCAUAGUCUCUCACGAUCCGAUUGUGAAGAAACCAAACGGCAAGGAUGCUGUCUCCUCCACCGUUCUGGAUCAACCAACCGGUAAAAACGCCGUCUCCUCCGCCAAGGUCCAUAAGGUGAUGCCCGCCGUCUCCUCCGCUGUACCGAUCCAACCAAGCGGUAAAACCGCCGUCUCCUCCGUCAAGGUUGAUAAGGUUCGCUCCUCCGCCAAGGUUGAUAAGGUGUUGUUUUUUAGAGACGUCUCAUUUGGCAUACAAGAAGGGGAGUUAAGGUUUCGGCUCAUCCAUUUAUGGGAGGCUCGAAAUGUGCUUACAAAAACACUUAUUGGUCUAGAGAUGCUCCUCAUCGAUGAACAGGGAUCUGUUAUCCAAGGUUUCAUCCCAUCAGCAAGGAUUGAUACCUACUUGCCACACAUGAAAGCAGGAUCUGUCUACAGACUGAAUAAGUGUUUCGGAUCAAACAGCAAAGUCAUGUACCGGGUUGCUGAGCCUAGGGUAGUCAUCAGUUUCACUUCGAACUCUGUCCUCUCUGAUCUUGAGGACAGUCGGGUUAAUUUCCCUGAUGAUCGGUUCCGUUUCCAUAGUUACAAAGAGUUUGAGGCAGCAUGUGACCUCAAAGGUGAUCUUUACGAUUAUGUUGGGCACUUGAAACUGGUGAAUGGGCAGACACUGAAUGCUAGUGUGGUGCUUGACGAAGAGGAAAUAGCUUCGACCCGGCGGCUUUUGCUCCAUGUUCAAACUCAUGAUGGACCAGUGAUGAAGCUCUACCUAUGGGACCAGGCUGCAGCAGACUUUUGUGCCAAAUUCAAGUUGCAUGGAAGCACUCCAAGGGUUAUUUUAGUAACCACCGUAAACCCAAAACGUUUUGGAGGUGCUCUUGCUCUUGCUUCAAUGUCAUCCUCUCGGGUGUUUUUGGACUUUGAUGUUCAACCAACCCGUGAUUAUGUCACUUGGUUGGACUCAAAUUUAGAUGUGGCUAAUAGGGUUGAUGCAAAGGUGGUCACAUAGACUGAAACAAUGACAAUAGGGGAGCUAUUCUCCUAUAUCAAGCAGGAAGCAGCAAAGGUUGCUUGGUUUGAGUGCACAGCAACUGUUGAUGCUGUUUUCCACGGUUCUCCUUGGUAUUAUAUUGGCUGCGGUGUGUGCCAUACUAAGGCAAUCAAAGGGCCUACAUCGCUCAUGUGCCAGAAAUGUGGAAAACAUGAAGUAGAUGGCGUUCCGCAGUACCUCACAAAGCUGUCUGUUUAUGACAACAAUGACCAGGCGGUUUUUGUUAUCCUUGGU